AUGGGCUUGAUCAAGACUGCCAUCAUCGCCGGCGUGGGCAUCUAUGCCGUGAAGAAGAUGUCCAAAUCGAACGAGAAUCGUCGCACGAAUCCUGCACCGGGCCCUACACAAGACCGGGACUUCCAUCAACAAUACUUCGAUGAACCUCCGUACUACUCCUCCGGUGGGCCAUAUCAGGACGAGAAACGGGCCUAUCAUCAACAACAGCAUCCACCGCGGCAGGAAGCCUUCGUGCCGUUGGAGUUCACCGAGCCGCGCGGAGGUAGACGCCAGCAGCAGCAGCAGCAGGAAGCUCGCCACCCUCAGGUCCUGACGACGAGUAACAGCGCGUACUCACCCUUACCGCACGGCUACAACCAUCAGGACCACGAUGGACACGUCCACGGGUACGAUGCGACCACACAAAACGCGUCAGAAUCUACUUCGAAUCUGUACGCGUACCCCGACAACGCACCGCCUCCACACUACGACAGUGGGCGACAGCGGCGCCAACAACAACUACACCACGGCUUUGUCGAGCCUGACGAGGUUUCUGACUCGACCUUUGACGCAUCGAGGAGAGGCGAAAAUGGACAGAGGUCAGGAUUUCUCGACACGUUGGCGCACCAGGCCAUGAGUAUCAAGGAUGGCAAAGGUAGGGAUCUCGUCGGGAAAUUGCUCGCUAGGUGA